AUGUCAUCAUCAUAUGAAGGGAGGUAUAAUUUGUAUAGCCAAGGUAGUAGUGGAUGGACAUCAAUGAGGAAUGAAGAAUUUCAAGAAGAAGACAUUUGGAGUAAUUUUACUAACGAAAUACGCGAAAUUGGAUCUAAUUUCAGCAAAAGUAAAGAGUCGUCUUCAAAUUUCAGUCCAAGGAGGCUGCCCACUGCAGUCAAAAUGAUUCCAAAAUCAAACAAGAAUUCCAUUCACGAACCUAAAAUAGCUCAGCAAUCAGCCCCAGUAAACAUACCCGAUUGGUCAAAAAUUUAUGGGACGACCUCAAAACAAACAGAUGAUUGUGGUGGUGGAGGAUAUAGUUUCGUAAGAAAUAGUCGCGAAAGCGAUGAAGAAGAAGACGACUAUGAAGGAGAAACGAUGCCUCCACAUCAAUGGCUUGCUAAAAAACAUGAAAGGAGCCAAAUAUCUUCUUUCUCAGUGUGUGAAGGAGUUGGAAGAACUUUAAAAGGCAGAGAUUUGAGCAGGGUGAGAAAUGCAAUCUUAAGCAAAACAGGGUUCCUUGAAUAG